AUGGGACCCAACCUGUUCCUGCUGCUGCUCCUGGGACUAGCAGGCCAGGGCUCAGCUGGCAGCAUCCCUGAGGUGCUGCAGGCACCAGUGGGGAGCUCCAUUGUGGUGCAGUGUCUCUACAGACUCCAGGACGUCAAGGCUCGGAAGGUGUGGUGCCGGUUUUUGCCGGAGGGGUGCCAGCCCUUGGUGUCCUCAGCUGUGGAUCGCAGAGCCCCAGGACACAGCCGCCUGUUUCUCACUGACAUGGGGAGUGGUCUGCUCCAGGUGGAGAUGAUUGCCCUGCGGGAGGAGGAUGCUGGGGAGUACGGCUGUGUGGUGGAGGGAACCACCGGGCCCCAGACGGUGCAUAGAAUUACUCUAGACAUCCUCCCUGCAGAGGAAGAAGAGGAAGAGAGCUAUGGGAUUGGCAGUCUGACUGAAGACCCUUCGUCAGACCCCGUAAGCAGUGUCAGCCCUCUAGAAUCCACCCAGGAUAAGAAAAGCAUCCCCUUAAUCUGGGGCGCUGUGCUCCUGCUGGGCCUGCUGGUGGCAGUGGUGGUGCUGUUUGCUGUGCUGGCCAAAAGGAAAGGGAACAGGCUUGCUAUCUGUGGCCGAUCCCAGAGCAGUGGAAUUUCAGGCAUGGUGCCCUCCUCAGUGGUCCACCACAUCAGUGACUCUGGACUGGCUGUAGAUGGGCCGUCAGAUGUACCAUAUGUUAGGCUCGACUCACCACCUUCCUUUGACAAUACCACCUACACCAGCCUACCUCUUGAGCCCCCAUCAGGGAAAACUCCACCCCCAGUCCCAUCCUCAUUGACCUCUCUGCCUCCUAAGGUCCUGAUCUCUUCUAAGCCUGUCACAUAUGCUACAGUGAUCUUCCCUGGAGGUGAUAAGGGUGGAGGGGCCUCCUGGGAGCCAGCCCAGGAUCCUCCUAAUAGCAAGACUCCACCUAGUUAAGCCACUUACCACACUGUGUGCUCAUAGAGGCAACCCCAGGAGGUCUUACUGUACAUCCAUCCGGUAAGCCAAUGCCCUAGAUCCUUAGCAUAUCAGAGCAACUAGGGAUUUUAGAAUCUAAUCUAAUGUCUUGACUUUUCUGAACUGGAAAGUGAUGAUUGGGUGUGACUGAGGU